UAAAAAUUGAAAAUCUAUAUUUUCAAAUGUAAUGGAAUUGUGAAAUCAAAUAUUAAAUUGUAAAUAAUUGCUCUAGAUUUUUAUAAUUAAAUAAGAUGGCAUGUGCAUCAACCUUAAUAUAUAAAUAGCUUCAGAGAACCUCACUAGUUCCAAAACCCACGAAUACCUCAUCCAGUACCUAAAACUUUCGUUGGAAUCUUCUUACCAGUUUGUCAAAACAAAAACAUCCAAAGGUUUGGUUUUUGCAAAUACAGGAAGAGAUGGGGCUUAACUUUAGGUAUAAAGCAUGGGUUUUUCUGUGGGUUCUUUGUUGUUCAUCGUUGAUUUGUUCAGUCAAGGCAACAGUAACUUACGAUCAUAAAGCUGUGAUAAUCAAUGGUCAGAGAAGGAUCCUUCUAUCUGGCUCCAUUCACUACCCAAGAAGCACACCUGAGAUGUGGCCUGAUCUUAUACAGAAGGCAAAAGAAGGAGGCCUGGAUGUAAUACAGACUUAUGUUUUCUGGAAUGGGCAUGAACCUUCUCCUGGACAAUAUUACUUUGAGGAAAGAUAUGAUCUGGUUAAGUUCAUCAAGCUAGUACAACAAGCUGGUCUCUACGUUCAUCUCAGAAUUGGUCCUUACGUUUGUGCUGAAUGGAACUUUGGAGGGUUUCCUGUUUGGCUCAAAUUUGUUCCCGAUAUGGCUUUUAGGACCGACAAUGAACCUUUCAAGGCUGCAAUGCAAAAAUUCACUGAGAAGAUUGUGGGGAUGAUGAAACAAGAAAAAUUGUUUGAGACUCAAGGAGGACCCAUCAUUCUGUCGCAGAUAGAGAAUGAGUAUGGACCAGUAGAGUGGGAGAUAGGAGCACCAGGGAAGGCAUACACAAAAUGGGCAGCUCAAAUGGCAGAAGGGCUCUCUACAGGUGUCCCAUGGAUUAUGUGCAAGCAAGAUGAAGAUGUUCCUGAUUCGAUUAUAAACACAUGCAAUGGUUUUUAUUGUGAGGGUUUCAAACCAAAGUCAGACAACAAGCCGAAAAUGUGGACUGAGAACUGGACUGGUUGGUAUCCUGAGUUUGGAGGUGCGGUACCAUAUAGACCAGCCGAAGACAUCGCCUUCUCCGUGGCUCGUUUCAUACACAACGGUGGCUCCUUCAUGAAUUACUAUAUGUACCAUGGAGGAACAAACUUCGACAGAACAGCCGGUCAAUUCAUCGCUACUAGCUAUGAUUACGACGCUCCACUUGAUGAAUAUGGCUUACCGAGAGAACCCAAGUAUAGUCACUUGACAAAGUUACAUAAGGUGAUCAAGCUCUGUGAGCCAGCAUUGGUCUCUGUUGAUCCUACAGUCACAUGGCUAGGCGACAAACUAGAAGCUCAUGUGUUCAAGUCCAACUCAUCUUGCGCGGCUUUUCUCUCAAACUACAAUGAUAGUUCUGCUGCAAGAGUCUCGUUCUGGGGAUCAACAUAUGAUCUGCCGCCUUGGUCUGUCAGUAUUCUACCUGACUGCAAAACCGAGUACUACAACACUGCAAAGUUACAGGUCCGUACACCAAGCAUACAUAUGAAGAUGGUUCCCACAAACACAAAACUAUCGUGGGGAUCAUACAACGAAGAGAUUCCUUCUCCAAAUGACAAUGACAAUGGUACGUUUUCCCAAGAUGGGCUUGUGGAACAGAUAAGCAUGACCAGAGACAAGACGGACUAUUUGUGGUAUCUAGCAGACGUUGAGGUCAGUGAUGAUGAGAAGUUCUUGACAACUGGUGAAGACCCUCUUCUUACUAUUGAGUCAUCUGGCCAUGCUCUGAGUGUAUUUGUUAAUGGACAACUUGCAGGAACUGCUUACGGAUCACUGGAGAAACCAAAGCUAACAUUUAGUCAGAAGAUCAAACUACAUGCAGGAGUCAACAAACUUGCCCUGUUGAGCAUAGCAGCGGGUCUCCCGAACGGUGGUGUGCAUUAUGAGACUUGGAAUACUGGAGUUCUUGGCCCAGUCACACUGACGGGAGUUAACUCCGGAACAUGGGACAUGUCUAAGUGGAAAUGGUCCUACAAGAUUGGUACUAAGGGUGAGUCACUGAGCCUUCAUACCGAGGGUUCCACCGUGGAAUGGAAAGAAGGAUCAUUGGUGGCCACAAAACAACCCUUAACCUGGUACAAGUCUACUUUUGACACGCCAGCAGGCAAUGAACCGUUGGCUUUGGAUAUGAACACAAUGGGGAAAGGCCAAGUUUGGAUAAACGGGAAGAACAUCGGGAGACACUGGCCUGCAUAUACAGUUCGUGGGAAUUGCGAACGCUGCAGCUACGCUGGAACCUUCACCGAGAAGAAAUGUCUGAGUAACUGUGGAGAAGCUUCUCAAAGAUGGUACCAUGUGCCUCGUUCGUGGCUGAAGCCAUCUGCAAACCUUAUAGUUGUACUCGAGGAGUUGGGUGGUGACCCCAAUGGGAUCUCUCUUGUAAUAAGAACAGGCAAACAAUAGCUUCUGUCUCCAUUUGUAUAGGAUGAAAAGCUGUUUGUUUGUGCCUCUGCUUUGAAAAUUAAAGACAGAAUUAGAAGUCAGGGUUCUGUGCAAGUAAAUUUCAAGAAUAAAGGUUUCAUCCGUAUCAUGUGAAUCCAUAUCAUGUGUCUAUUCAUAAAGUACAAAUUAGUGUUUAAAGAAUAUUUUACAUUUUCUUAUA